AUAAAGUAAUACUAAUAAUUAAUUAGACAUUCAGUCUAAUGUCUGGUUCUACGCCUGAUACAAACCAUAAUGUUCGUGUGAUUAAAUGUGCCUCUCUGAAUAAACCGGUUCCGUUCUGCAGGGACUGUGUGCCAUUUUAAUCGUGCGAUCAAUCAUAGCAGAACACUACAGCAAUUGAACAAAGUGUACUGAAUUAUAUAUCUCUCGAAUCGCCCAGGCCGUGCGACAUCUGUUGUCCUGCCCAACCAGAACGUGAAGGACUCUUUUUUUUACUUUUUGUUUUUCUUCUUUUUUUUUAAUAUUUUUUUUUUAUCCAAUACGAAACCUCGAUACAUUUCCACGAAAUUAAUUGCGCUCAUCCACGAAGAGCAACGCUUGCGUUCGCGAACGAUUUUUUGAUUGGUUCCAGGUGUCAUCAUUCGGUUUAACGUGAAGCGCAAGAACCAGUGUGAGGAACGGGUUUUUUUCUGGUCUGUCUGGCUGAACUCGGUCCAUUGUCUCCCAACCAGAACAGUUCCAUGAAGAUGUUUGAAUGACAAGCAAAUUAUAUAAAAUAUUUACGGAAAACGCACUAUUUUUGGAAUAAUCUUUAAAAGGAUUCUGUUGAUACCUUUGGAAAGUGUUUGUGAUCGUAUUUGUAAUACGGGUGGCAUUCAUUGACAAAAUGGUUUAGUUCAAGGGUUUCGACUGUUUGUUUUUGGUGGUUGUUUUUCAACAAGAAGGGUUUUAUCGUGGUAAACAGAAAUUGCUUUCGUGUUGACGAUGUUAUUAAAGUUUCAUUGAUGUAGAGUCUAUGGCUCUUUCAAAGGUAUCUGUAUUGUAAAACUAUAGCCAAUUUGUGUGCAUAUGUAAACUAUCUUUUGAAAUAAUGGACUGCUAAAAUAUUGCUGUUAAGUGAUAUGUAGGAUUGUAAUACAGAUAUUGGACUGGGGUAAACUUAAAUCUGUAGGAUUUCAGUAUGGGUAUUGGACUAGCGUAAACAAUCUUACGAAAUCUGUAAGAUUUUAUCAUUAAUAUUGAACUGCACAAAAGAAUCUUAAUGAAUUUGUAGGGUUUUAGUACACAUAUUGAUCACUAAUCAAUGUCAAGGAAUUUAAUGAAUUUGUUGGAUUUUAGAAUGGAUAUUGGACCGGAAUAAACAAUCUUAAUACACUAAACAAUUUUAAGGAACAUAAUGAAUGUGUUGGAUUUAACAUUAAUAUUCGUCUGGAGUAAACAGUCUUGAACACCGCUAAACCUUUGUUUUCCAAAGAACCUCUAGAACUCCAAGAUGGAUAUUAUACGGAUGCGAGCGAAAAGCGUCGAGGACAAGAAGUACAGACUUCUUCAGGAUCGUCUGGAAGCUGGACUCUCUGAAGGAGAGAGAUACUUUCUGACAGCUGCAGAGAUCGGGGACAUCGAUACCCUGAAAUCCCUGUUAAACGAGGGCAAGGUAAGCAUCAACUGUGUUGACCCUCAGGGUAGGACAGCAUUGGAACUGGCCGUGGCGGCAAAUGUCGAAGGUGUCGUCUGCCAUUUGCUGGACAAGGUUUCUGGAAGGAUUGUUCACAAGGCUUUUCUUUGCGCCUGCGACUACGAUCGGGACACGAUCUUUGAGAUUAUAUUACAGCAUCCCAUUUACGCCAGGUCGCCGUCAGACGAAGAUGUGGAACUGACAAUGCCUUUGUAUUCCAAGUACGUGACGAGAAGAAACCCGCAGGUGGAGCUUCAGGAUAAGCUGAGGGAGGCGCUGAUUCGGGCGGCCAAGAGGAACAACUUCCAGAUCGUCAAGCAGCUUAUGCUGAGAGGGGCCACCCUGGUGCUCCCACACGACUACUUCUGCAACUGCAACCAGUGUACAACUCAACGCAGUGAGGAUUUUAAGGUGUACACUAGCACUAGACUCGACACCUUCCGAGCCAUGGCGAGCCCAGCCUAUAUGGUGCUUACGGAGGAGGACCCGAUCAUCUCCGCCUUCCGGCAUAGCGUCAACUUCCGGAAGAUGGCGGAAAUUGAAUCCGAAUUUAAGUUACUGUACAAUCAGCUGGAUCAACAGGUACAGGAUUUCACGACUGACCUCAUGGAUCAGUGUCACAGCUCGGACGAGGUGAAGACAAUCCUGAGCGGUCCCAUCCCCGUCCAGGAGGAGGGGGACGAGGUGGAGGAGGAUGAUAACGACAGCGCAAUACUCCCCAUCCUCACAGCGGCCAUCAAAAUGGGACAGAAGAAGUUUGUUGCUCACAAUCAGAGUCAGGCCCAGAUCGCUGAACUGUGGUACAGCGGCGUGCCCUUUCUCCGCUACCUGAACCGGUUCACCUACCUGAUGCUAGCCAUACCUAUAGGCAUCCUUCUCGUACCUGUGAUGUCCGUCAUAUACCUCGUGUGGCCGUGGGGAAAGGUAAGUGGUGUACCACCCAUGUCCGUUAUAUACCUUGUGUGGCGGUGCCGUACCAGUCAUGUCCGUCAUAUAUCCCGUGUGGCCGUGUUGUACCAGUCAUGUCCGUCAUAUACUCCGCGUGGACGUGUUGUACCAGUCAUGUCUGUCAUAUACCUCGUGUGGCCGUGUUGUACCAGUCAUGUCCGUCAUAUACCCCGUGUGGCCGUGUUGUACCAGUCAUGUCCGUGUUGUACCAGUCAUGUCCGUCAUAUACCUCAUGUGGCCGUGUUGUACAAGUAAUUUCCGUCAUAUACC